CUAAAGAUGCUCUGAACCUGCGCUGCUAUUGGAGGACAGAACAUCUGAAUCCUCUCUCUCUCUCUCUCUCUCUCUCUCCUUUGCUCUCUGUGGCUAUUGACUCUUUCCGCGCUCCGUUUCAGGCGUUCGCGUUAUCUGGUCCCGAUCCAGUCACGGAGACUAUAGCCGCCGUACGACCACUUUGGUUCUGGUCCCGUGGAUCCCAGAGGGAGCCGGACCCCGUGUCUGGGUGUGAGCGCGUCUCAGAUAUGCUGAAUCCAGUGAUUCUGACCAGCACCGAGCACUAAAAGGCUGAACUUUCACAAAGACCUCAAAGUGUGGAGAGGAGCCAGACGAGGACGCAGAGGGGAGGGGGCUCCGCUUCAUAAAGUUAAUUAACAUCAACUAAGUGUAGCUCGGCUACAUUUUUUUUCCUUUGAAGGGUUUCCUCUCCAACCAGCAAAAUUUCGCCCAAAAGCAGACAACAGGAUCAUCCUGCGCUGACGCGGCUGGUCGGCAGGAAGCGGCUGGUUGCGGCGGGGGUCCUGGGGGUCGUUAUGGUUCUGGUUUUGGUCAUCCUCAUCCCGGUUCUGGUCAACUCGGCGGGGACGGCGGCGCACUACGAGAUGCUUGGAACCUGUAGGAUGGUGUGCGACCCGUACGGCACCAAGUCUCCGACCAGCACCGCCACGGCCGACACGGUGCGAGACAACAGCCUCGUGCAGUCUUUGCCCACUUUUAUCCAAGGUCCGAAAGGGGAACCGGGCCGACCGGGAAAGACGGGCGCGAGGGGACCUGUUGGCGAGAGAGGUGAGCCCGGCCCGCCCGGUCCAAUGGGGCCGCCCGGAGAGAAAGGGGAACCGGGCAGACCUGGUUUACCGGGACCACCGGGGUCCAGCGCAGCCGCCGGUGCCAUCAGCGCGGCCACGUACAGCACCGUGCCCAAGAUCGCCUUUUACGCAGGGCUCAAAAAGCAACACGAGGGAUACGAGGUCCUCAAGUUCGAUGACGUCGUGACCAACUUGGGAAACCACUACGACCCGACCACCGGGAAGUUCACGUGCUCCAUCCCUGGGAUUUAUUUCUUCAUUUACCACGUCCUGAUGCGCGGCGGGGACGGAACCAGCAUGUGGGCCGAUCUGUGCAAAAACAACCAGGUGCGUGCCAGCGCCAUCGCUCAGGACGCCGACCAGAACUAUGACUAUGCCAGUAACAGCGCUGUGCUCCAUCUGGAGCCCGGAGACGAGGUCUACAUCAAACUAGACGGAGGCAAAGCUCACGGAGGCAACAACAACAAGUACAGCACCUUCUCUGGGUUCAUCAUCUAUGCCGACUAAGCACACGCCGGAGCCCCGGGCCCGGUUCUUGUCCAGAUCUUCCCUCUACGGAGAUGCUUAGACUAAUCACUUUUAAACCUGUGUGGGAAAACUACGAAUCGGUAGCCAUCGUGUCCCGUGCGUUAUUUUGUUUUGCAACAUGAUUUCAACCGUCGCUGUCCUCAGUCAAAGGGACUUUGGAGAACCAGCACCAAUAAAAUGGCUGAGCUGUCAGAGUCCGGGAUCAAACUACACGCACUCGUUAAAUUAUUUCAUCCCACUUGAACUCACUACUGGCGUCUCUGUGUUUGUGCAGUGAGGUGUGUGAUGGUGUCGAUGGGAGGAGUUGUGCGUUUGUGUGUGUUUUAAUGAGGGUAGAAUUGGGUAAAUCUGAUUGGGCAACAAGCUGCCGAUCAUUAAAUCAAAAUGGAGAAGGGGGUAUGUUUGUAUUAACAAACAUGCAGCAGCUACUGGUUGAGUCCUGUCUUCUAAAAAUUAACAUUUGUCUGUGAGUAUAUGUUAAAACAUAAAUGACAAUGAUCUUCGCACCUUUAAUCGUAACACAUAAUAAACCCGAGUGCAUGUAACAGGCAGAGGAGUCCGUUUUAGUAUGUUCCUCAUUAAACCGUGAUCACAUUUGCGGUUGAGUUGCAUGCAAGUGUAAUUUCUGGAAGACACGCUUCAGUGAAAAGCUGCCACUUACUGUCAGGUUUCUGACACUGGGAGGAUUUUGUGCAAUAUCUACUGUAUAAUAUUAAAAUAUUAGAUGCGUGUUUUUUCCCCUCCUUUUUAUGAUGAGAAGAGAGUAAGAAGACGUGUAUUGACAUGAAUACUUGAAUCAUUUAUUUUAAUUAUAUGUAACUUUAAAUAGCAUUUUGCACAAUAAGACUACGAUAGAUUAUUUUCUCACUGUCACACGCUUUUAAUGUUAGUUUUUAUUUGAGGAUGUGUUGAUUCCACGUUGCCCCAGAGUCUAUUCUGUGUUUAUAUUUGAAAUGUUAAGUUUUAAACUUUGAGCAUGUUAUGUGACUGUAACUGAGGCCCCGAUGAGUGUUUUUUUUUUCAUGACAUGGAAAGAAAAGAUAAAGGAAGACGCUGACCCAGAUGUGAAACUGGGCUAAAAGUGGGGAUCUGUCCCGGCUCACACUUCACAUGAUGACAAGCGGUAAACAAAUGUGUCUUCGCUUGAAUAAUGAAGGGAUCUGCGCACCGAGCACUUCACCUAGAUGGAGAAACGGUGCGGCGUUUGGAAAAACUCAGGCGAGGUCGCAUCUCCGAGAGGUUUAAAAGAGCAGAGGAACAUUGCUCGACUGUGAGCAGACAGUCUGGUCGAGUGAAGUAGCCAAAGGCAGCAGCUUCAGUCAUUAUGCUGAUUGACUUACCUUAUUUUUUUUUAUCAAGAUGAAUUCUUUGCACAUGCUCACAUUUGACACAUUUUUUUUUUAAAUCGCUGACGACAAAAAAACUAUUUAGUGUAAUGGACACGUUAUAAAUGAACAAAUGUGGCACAUACACAGAACACAUACUGUAGCUGAUGACGUUGUGUGAGGUUUGUGUUGUUUGACCUUGGCAUCCAUGAGUCACGUACUGUACAUUAUUAUAUGUGGAGAUGAAGUUUAGAUGGUUAAGGAGGUUCCUGUUUUACUAAGGUGCCGUGAAUGCACCAUGCUUGUUUGCCGUUAGCUGCAUCUGUUCAUUUGCUAAAUUUUGUUAAGAAUAUUUCAUAAAUAUUAAAAUUUGAGUUUCUGCACACGACAUCUCGAGGAAUAUGGCGCUUUGAGAGGGUUUUGUACCAUUCUCACUGCUCGCAUCUCAGCCUCGGUUCUCGCUCAUCGUACCUCAGCCUCGACAAACCUUCAUCCUUUUUCUGGGUCUAGUGAUGAAUAAUAUCAUGCUCCCUUCAGAAUCAUCACGCCAUGGCGCCAUGUCAGCAUGGAGCUACAGCAUCAGUAUCACUGUGGCGCUGGCGGUAGCAGGCAGCCACAGCCCCAGAGAGUUGCCUCACUUUGUUACCUCUGGUGGUUUGCAUCUUAGGGGAAGGCAUAUAUCGGUGGUUUUCCUCAUCUAUAUACAGUAUAUAUACAUAUUUAAAGUGUGAAGUUGUAACAAAAGUGUAAAAUAUCUCAAUCUGAACCGGAUGGACUAUGCAGAAGAAGCACACAAUACCAAUUUAUUAAUGUGAAGUGUUGUGAUUUUGAAGAACGGAUGACGUGGAUGGAGUCAUGUAAAUACUGUAGUACUGUUGUACAUAGAGCUGGAAGAUGGCGGAGGAAGUGUCUGUAACGAUCGACAUCAUUAGUCAGCGCAUCGCCUCAGUAACCACUGACUGUCUUGACGUUCUAGCCUUAAAGUACUGGUGUAUUGGUGUCGAAGGCUGAUGUGUGGUAGAUGCGGUUUCAGGUGUGUGUGUGCAAUACUAUCCAAAUGUAGCACUUUGUCUGACAACACUCACUUGUGUACUAAUAUCUAAACAAUGUCUUCAUUAAACGGACAUUCAUGA